AUGGGAGAAGAAGUGACAAGAGUGAAAGCGGAGAUGUUCGACGACAGUGAAAGCGAUCGCCACGACGACGUUUUGAGCGAGAGCAAGGAAUCCGGAGUGACGGAAGAGGCAACGACGGUUCACGUGAAAGAAGAGGUGGAUGACGGCGCCGUCAACGGUUUGAUGGAUACGAUGCCCAAACCCAUGGAAGGGUUGCACGAGAUGGGUCCCCCACCGUUCCUCAAGAAGACCUUCGAAAUGGUGGAGGACCCUCGCACCGACCCCAUAGUGUCGUGGAGCCAAACUCGCGAUAGUUUCGUGGUUUGGGACUCUCACGAAUUCUCCAAAACCCUUCUUCCCAAAUACUUCAAGCACAGCAAUUUCUCCAGCUUCGUUCGCCAGCUCAACACCUAUGGUUUUAGGAAGGUUGAUUCGGACCGUUGGGAGUUUGCCAAUGAAGGAUUCCAAGGAGGGAAGAAGUAUUUGCUGAAGAACAUAAGGAGGAGGAGUAAGUACAACAGACUGCAUCAGGGAGCUUUCAAUAUGAUGAAGUCAGGGGUGGAGGCUGAAGUGGAGAAACUGAAGAAGGACCAGAACAUUUUGAAGGUGGAAAUUCUGAAGCUGAGGCAGCAGCAAGAGAAUUCGCAUGUUCAGCUCACAAAUGUUCAGGAGAGAGUUCGGUGUGCAGAGAUGAAGCAGUAUCAGAUGAUGUUUUUCCUCACCAGAUUGGCUAGAAGGCCCGCGUUUGUUGAGCAAUUAAUCCAAAAGAUUAGGAGAAAAAGAGAGCUUGAUGGUAAUGACAUGGUUAAGAGGCCUAGAUUGAUGGGAAACCCCUGCCAUGUACCCUUCCCUAAGACCAUGGAGACAACCCCUAAUGUUGAUUAUAGACACCAAAGUCAUAAACAAUUCCCUUCAUUGCAAUCCGAGCUUGAUGGAUUUCUGUCUGAAACUGUGAACAUCAGCAGGAUGGAGCACCCAACUCCCUCUCCUUUGGAAGAUGAUUUAUGUAACCCUGUGCAAGGGUUAAGGCCACAUGGUUGUUCUAGACCAAAUGCGCCAGAUGCAUCUUCUGCCUACCAUGUUAUGUCAGAAAAACUAAUGCGGGAAAAUUCUAUAGUUGAUGAAGAACUAGAUGUGAAUGACUCGAAUAUCUAUCUUGAAUUGGAGGAUUUGAUUACAAAACCAACAGAUUGGUCUCUUGGAUCUGCAAGUGGAUUGGUGGAACAAACUAGUUGA